AAGACAUGAAAGAGGAGGGAACGUGUUUGGUUAUUCAUUCUUAAGUAAACAGUAGAAAAAAAGAAAAUACCUUGCUUUUUUUUUCUUAUGGAGUCAACUUGUAUAUCAUCUGCAGUUGCAUAGACACAGAAUGACUCCCAUUUGUUUUUAAAAUCGCAUUUGAUUAAGCAUUCAUCCAUGGAUAAUGACUAAUGCUUGUAUACACCGACAGACAAGCCUGUCUUUAGUGAUACUUUAUAACCCAUUAAUUCUAGAAGCCGCAUCAGCUUCAGAGGCUAUUUGAACCUGUGGCACUAGUAUUGGUUUUGGCGACAUAGCGAAAGUUGGAAAGUUAAAAUGGCGCCUCGCUUUGGAUCACUGUGCUAUAUUCUGGUUUUGAUAGAGCUGUGUCUAGUUCAUCACAGUCUCCAGCAGAUCAAUCCGAUUGUGAUGGGGCCUGUGGACACCGAGGCCGCCGAAGGGACAGAUGCAGUCUUCUACUGUAAGGUGCGAACAGGCCAGGGACUCAUCGUCUACUGGAUCGUUGACCGGUCCAUCGCGGUAGGACCAAACGUGAACAGGAACGAAGCCCUGCCGAAGUACGAGAUAUUCGGGAACCCAUCAAACGGAUACUACAACCUGAGGAUUAAAAACGUCACGCUCGAUGACGCUUUCCAGUACGAUUGCCUGGUCGAUGCUCAAGGUGGAGGAUCGAACUACGAAGCGGGGGCGACGUUGAGCGUCGUCAAUCCUGCCAUGGCGCCAGGGGUCCCGUCAUGUCUAGAUACAACUGCCAAUGAGAUCGUGUUUGAUGAGGGAGACGAGCUCGGAAACUUCCGGUGUCGGUCUAGUGGGGGUCGACCUCUUGGGGAAUUGAAAUGGAGCUUGCUCCGCUCGGAUCAAACCCUUGUUGAUGUGAAUUUCGAUACGCAGGUGGACACGUCGCCGUCAAUAACGGCGACGUCGAGCUCGUACACGAUGACAGCGGCAGAUCACGAGUCCCAGUUGGCGUGUUCGCUCACGCAUCCGAGCCUGAACUCAGAUGCCACAUGUACUGUCCCAUCGGGCUCGACAAAGCUCAUCGUAAGGCACUUCCCCAUCAUCGACUUCGGUCCUCGUCUCGACGUCCACUACCUUGAGACUAAGAACGUUACAAUCAGGUGCACAGCUACCGCUUACCCCGGCUUAAUCAUCAACGUCCCCGAGCUCACCUUUUCCGAUCGUAGCAUACUUCUUCAAACAACACUCGUGGAGGAAGGGGCCAUUGAAGCCGUCAUUCGGAUCUCCCAACGUUCCGACGUCGGCAAAAGCAUCAACUGCUCCGCCACAAAUGCGAUGGGGACCACGACUACGACGCUCGAGAUCGAACUCACUCCCGUUCUCCCCAUCUGGCUUCUGGUGGUUCUCAUGAUCAUAGCUUGUCUUAUAGUGCUGCUGCUGUCCCUCUGCUGUUGCUACUGUUUCUGCAACGGCUGCAAGCCAAAGCCAACCGAUGACCGACCCGACCUCGGCGACAUCAAGGCUGCUGGGUACGACGUCAGCGAAUCUCGAUCAGCAUCCGUGUUCCAGCCCAACGGUCUAAACGGCACCGACCUGCGUCCCAUCAACAACGACGACGACAGUUUCGCGGAUAUGCCCUUGAACGAUUACACGGAGUAUCCCCCGCCCCCUCCCGUCUCCGACACCACCACCACCGGGUUCAAUGACCACGAGACGGGCGAGGUCAAUGAUGGUUACCUGUCACCGGAUGCUGAAGACAGGUUUCCUCCUAUGAUCGAGGACGAGCAUCUGAUGGGUGAAAAGAGGAUAUCAUCCUUCAAACCUGAUGACAUGAAUCUGGCCCCAUCUCCUCCCCCUCCGCCCCCUCUUGAUCUAGCUCCGCCUAAACCUAUACCAAUCGUCGAAGAUGAAUGAUGUCAUAAUGCUACUCUGUCAUUUUGGAGUUCUUCACUCCUUAACAUUGUUUUUUUAUGAUUUUGGAUAAACCAACAAAUACUGGUUUUGUUAUGACGAUUCUUUGGGUGUUCAAUCAACAAUAGUUCUAUGAAAUAUAAAGAUAUAUAUUGUAUUGAUACAUUGCAUGAAAGUUGUUCGCUAAGAUGCAAAAAUGCAUUAAUUAGCAGUUGAUUUAGUCUCGGAUAUAACAUUUUGUUGUCUCCUGUCUCUUAUUUUGAAGUUCAAUUUCAAUUAUGCAGCAAUAGAAUUUCGUCAUCACAGUUGAUUGAUCAUUGUAUUGAUUGGAAUUAGGAAAUAGUUGCACGAUUUUUUUCCUUUCAAACUCAAAACAAUACAAAGAAUGUUUGCUUAGUGUACACGGUCCCGUGCAGUUAUAGCAUUGGCCUAGAUUCUCACCAAGCAAAAUUCACAUUUACCUAAUGUUUCAUAAUGAUGGGGGGCAACAGCCGUCAGGUGUAAAUUCCAGAAAACUGAUUACUCAAAGUGCAACAAAUUACGCACUUUUGUUUUUCAUUUGAGGCCCUCUUUCAGUUUUACCUUUUCUUUCAUGGCUAUAUUUUAAUACCUUAUUUUUAAAUGCAUUACAAACAUUUAGGAUUUUAUCCACCAUUGUGGGUAUAAUGUAAUCAUAUCUCUUUAAUGAGAAAAUGAUUACGCGUUAUUGUUAUCAACAAGGUUGAAGAGAAAUAUUAAAUGCAACAGAGCACGACUUCAGGCAAACAUCAAAAUGUUUCUUCAUCAAAAAAAGACAUGGUAGGUUGAAUUUUAUAGUCACUUCAUGGCUAAAGACUCGGUUGAACGAAAUUAAAUUCCCAAGCCCUGUUUUUAGACAGUAUUGCCGAAACCUUAAAACAAAAUAUUAUUAGUGCUGUUUAGAUACUUUUUACUUAUCUGAAGAAAAAUUAUAUCCGGUUACGAUUCAACAACAAUUUUGUUUCAAAUGCUUCUGUCUGAUUACUCAGCUCGAACAACCCGAUUUUUAGGGGUGUUUUUCUUCAACAUUGUCUGGAUGGAUUCGUAUUAAGUCAUGUUUCUCAAAGGCAGCUUGUCUUUAAAUACAUCUUGUUUAUUGGUGUUUCUGUAAUGACUAUAUAUAUAUCAUCGAUGUAUAAAUAUCAAAUUGUGAGAAGUCGUUUUUUUUCAUUACCACUACUCACGACACGUACAUAUUAUGUAUGCCUAUAUUCCGUCUUCCAUAUUACGCACCUUGAAUGGUGAAAAAAAUGUACUGUUGUCAAGGCAUCAAAGAUUCGUUGCCAUACUAAAUGCAGUCACUACGUAACCAAACCAGAAUGAAUGAUUGAAUCAUAAAAAGCUAAUUUAAAAUCUAUCAUGUGGUUGUGAUCUAUCUUUAUUUACAGCGAGCAUGCGACACAAUGGUGAUAGUAGUGUUAGAAAGAGUUGAUGAAUCCCGUUGGAGCAUUUUCAUGAAAUACAUAGUCGGUCGUUUAUGACAACGGUUAUUAGCUACCGAAAUCCUUGCAUCUGGUUGGCUCAGAACAAAUUUGUCAGUGAAAACUAAUGACUUGGCCUAUAUAAACACUUCGAUGGUCUCCUUCAAGACAUUGCAUUUCAGCAUUUAAUGCUUUACAAAUAUAAUUACACUGCACUGUCUGCACAUCAUUCAUUUUCUAUUAAAAAAGAUUGUAUCAAUACUAGUUAAGUAAUAUUGACAAUCAGAUAUGGUAUACGAUAUAACAUGUGCUUUUUUGAAAUAUUUGCGUAUGAAUUUUAGUUGAUUUAUAUUUUCUUGAAGAUUUACUCUUAUUUACGAUGAUAAAGCAGUAAGAUGACCACGAGGCAAAAGGCAUAGAAAAUAAUUAUCGUGAAUUUUAGAUAGCAGUGAGCGACAAAAAAAUCAGCACCAGAAUUUUCUUUUAUUUUCGUUGUGUUUUGUAGAUAAAAUUUGCAUAAAUUUAUAUGCUUGAAAUAAGCAUUCUGUAUAUUACAACGUGUUUUAUUGAUGUAUUAAUUCUCAAAUUUAUGCUUCAAAAUUGCAAUAUUGAUGUUUGUAAUAUUUUGAGUAUACAUUAUGUUCAUAUUUUCAAAGUGGCCUUACAAGAAAGUAUUCAUUAAAUUUCGUAAAUGUUUGGUCCAGAAGAAA